AUGUCCCAAUCUCAAAUAUCAUCUCAGCUCGAAGGUAAUAUAGUGUUUGGAUCCAACCAAACCUCCAUGAGUGCAGGAUUACAACCACAAACCUUACCUCAAUUCAAUUCGCAAGCAACAAAUUUCUUAGCCAGAUGCUCCUCCGUUUCAAAAUUAUCUGGCUCUCCCCUAAUGAACAAAGCUGUACAGCCAAGCCUUAAUGGAAGUCAAGGAAAGAAAAAUGUGGUCCAGCUCAACGACGUUUUUAGGGGAAGGCCUGCAGCUGAAAGCAAAAAGUCGUCUCAAUCGGCUUCUCAAAAGGACCAUCUAAUCAUACCCCAAUGCUUGAUACCCUCAAAUUCCCUUGUUCAGGACCAAGGAAGCCACUGCUCGAACUCUCCGUCUUGCACUCUGGACAACUUUCUAAUUAAAUCAAAACAACCUUCAGCAACCCCGUUCAUAGUUGAAAAGGAAUGGUUACAGUCCAAGCUGAGUAAUAUCGAGUCCCAAGUGUUGCUAUUCGAAAAACGAAGCAACCAAGCUCAAGAAGAAAUCUCUUCUAAUUUAAAAACCUUGCUUGAUAAAGUUCAAGAACCCGAUAUUUGGCAUCAAGAAAUGUCAGCUAGUAAUGACGAACGACAUUGGGAAGUAACUUCAAAAAAACUAUUUCAAACGAUGGAGGCACAAGCACAAGUGAUAAAAACUCUUUCAAGUAGCAUUCAGGAUAUUACUAGCAUGAUAAGUACACUUGUUAGGAAAUCCGAAGAGGAAGAAGAAUUGGUCAAAAACAAAAUUACCAAACAGAAGAAAACAUGUCGGAAAAGCUCACAAUUUGAAAGAGCAAUGCAAAAUAUUAUUCAAGAUAAGGCAGUCCUAUUAUUUUUGAUGUUUGCUUCUCACGCAACACGCGUGCAAGUGGAUAACAGCAACAACAACAGCUGCUUGGUGUCUUCUGAAGCAGCUUAUGAUGGAGGUAUUUUAACACCCAGCAUGUGUUCUUCCUCCUCAUCUCACUCCUCAACAACAUCCACAACCUCUAGUGCUACGAUGCGCCAUGACAACAAUACAAUAACACAUGAAGGAUCAUCAAUGAUUAGAAGAGAAGGAGAAAAUUUAAUAUCUCAUUCCUCUCUCAAAUCAAUGUGCAUGCAAUACAUCAUACAAAACGUUCAUCACUUUUCCAAAGUACCAAGAGGCGUCGUUCAAAUCGGAGAAGGGCUUGAAAAGACUUACUUUUAUAAUGAAUAUCUCGAGAAAUUAGAAUGUAAAUUUGCAAAUCCUCUAACAGCCUCAUCACCUACAACCACUACUAGUUCUCCCAAUUCAUCCAUGAAGAAUUUCAAAAUUCCGAGACAACGAAGCAAUUCUCUUUCAGCUAAUAGCAGCAGCAAUUCAAACAAACCCUCACCCGUCGAAUUUUUCAUCAACAACCAUGCCUUCUACUCUGCUCUUAAUGCUUCAAAUAAUCGUAAUGAUGAUGAUAAUGAUGAAAUUUAUCCAAUUCCUCAAUUAACAUCUCAAUCCAUCAUCAAUGAUUUAUGCAAUAGCAAACAAUUGACUUUACCAUUCUUAAUCAAAAUGAGGUACACAGGUUUUAAUUGUUUGAAUUUAUCAUUGAAUGGACGUGUGAAGGACGAAUGGAUGAUGCUAUUGAGAGAACUUCCUCUUGACACCUUGAAUUUAUCACAUUGCCUUUUGACCAAUCAAAGUCUCUAUUUUUGUAAAGGUAAAAAACACAUCAUUCCAUGUCCUUCACAUUCUCUUGAAAAUUCUUCACAUAAUUAUGAAGAACAAGUACUUGAUGAAAUGGAUUCUACCCAGAGUGACUGUGAAGAGCAAUCACCAACAAAUGAAGAUGACGAUGCUGAUAUCAAUGAUGAUGACGAUUCUACUCCACCUCCAAUAGUAGUUGCUACUGAAAAGAAAACAGUGACAUUUGUUUUUGACCAACAAAAUCCAAAUAGAAAACCUAAAAAGAAAAAGAAGAAACAAGUAGCAUCAUCGAGCAAACCAGGAAAUGAUAGCAAAAAAAGUUCUUCCAAUGAGAGCAAUCAUGGAAAAGAUGAAAAAAAGAGUUAUGGAACCAAAAGUGUUAGUGGAUCGACGAGUUCAGGCGGCUCUACAAAAAAGCGUAAAGAUGGCUCGAUUCAAGUGAUCACUCCAUAUCCUCUUUCGAGAACUUUGACAUCAUUGAACAUGUCCAAUAUACAUGAAAUUUCAACGGAUGCCUUUAAAUUGAUACCUCAGCUGUUUCCUAAUUUGACUGCAUUGUCAUUUGAAGGUUGUUCAAAUUUCACCAACAAGUGUUUGGAGCAACUUUGUGGAAAAAUUUCAAAAUCUGAUAAUUUUCCAGAAAGCUCUAAAACAAAACAACUCCGAAGAAAUCUGAAAAAGCUAAAUUUAAAACGAACAAAAAUUUCCGACGCUGGAGUGAGAAAUAUUCAAAGCCUCGUGAACUUGGAAUACUUAAACCUAGGAGAAAAUAAGCAAUUGACGAAUCAUAGUUUUAAGUUUUUUAAAGCUCUCAAAAAACUUUCACAUUUAGAAUUGUGUGGUAACGAGAGAAUGACGGAUGAGGGUAUUGGAAAAUACCUUGGGCGUGGAAAUCUGAUAGAUUUGAAGACUCUUUCAAUAUCUGGUACAUAUAUGGGAGAUGAUGUGAAAAAUUUUUAUCAUUUCCCAAAUUUAACCUGUUGGAAUGCAGCCAACACCAAUAUUCAAACCAUUGAGAAUAAUUAUUGCAACUCAUUCGUAUUUAAUAACUUAACCAAGCUAAACCUGUCGUACUGUAAACUAUUGGAUGAUCAUUCAACGAAACAUUUUCUAGAGAGUUUGCACCAUUUAGUUGAUGUAAAUUUAUCAAAUACUUUCCUUGAAGAUGAUGCCAUUAGUGGACUUCUUUCUUCUCGAAAAACUCUGCAAAUUUUACACAUUAAUUCAUGCACUCACAUCACAGAUUGGAUAUUACAACAUGUACUACCAGCCUUUGACAAUAUUUGUGAACUGGGUUUAAGACAUCUGAAACAAGUAUCAUUUACUAAUGGAUGGAUUUAUUUGUUCAAGUCAAAUCUUCCAAAAUUGGACAAACUGUAUUUAUCUGCAAGUUUUAUUAAUCAAAGAUUGGACGGUGGAGAAAGAGACUUGUUUUCCGAACUAUUUGCUAACUUUUGCCAAACCCUAACAGUACUAGAUUUGAGUUGCAAUAUGAAAGGUCUUGAUGAUCAGCUUCUUGGGUUGGCACUUUCAAAAAUGACCUCUCUUUCAUGGUUGGACUUGUCACAUUGCGAAAGUCUCACAUCAGUCACGAUACAGACAAUUUCCAAGUAUUUAAGACACCAUUUAAAACAUUUAGCAAUUAGCUAUUGCCACAAAAUUGAUGGUUCAUCCCUGCCAUUACUCCAAAAUUGUAAAAGAAUAGAAGUGCUUUAUAUUUCUGGAAUUCAUAACUUUAAAACCAAACAUUUGAGAUCACUUUGUGCAUUGGAAUAUUUGUCAGAUUUAAGUUUGAUGGAUUGCAAAAAACUGCAACGAGACGAUGGCUGUUCUGAAUGUUUAAAGAUUUUAUCUGAGGCCAAAUUUGCAAGGCGUUUGGUGAUGCUCAACUUGUAUGGUUUAUUGAUUUGGGAAUCAGCUCUUGAUUAUCUUGUUAGUUUUGAUAGCCUAAUAACUCUAAGAAUGUCCACUCACGUAGAAAUGGAGAAUAUGGAUGCUUUGUAUUGCAUUCCCAAUUUGGUUUACUUAAAAACAAAAUCUUUGGAUUGGUAG